ACAGCGGUUGAGUGGUUAGCGCGCAGACCUCACAGCUAGGAGACCAGGGUUCAAUUCCCACCCUCGGCCAUCUCUGUGUGAAGUUUGCAUGUUCUCCUCGUGCAUGUGUGGGUUCUCUCCGGGUACUCCGGUUUCCUCCCACAUUCCAAAAACAUGCUAGGUUAAUUGGUGACUCCAAAUUGUCCAUAGGUAUGAAUGUGAGUGUGAAUGGUUGUUUGUCUAUAAGUGCCCUGUGAUUGGCUGGAGACCAGUCCAGGGUGUACCCCGCCUCUCGCCCGAAGACAGCUGGGAUAGGCUUCAGCACCCCCCGCGACCCUUGUGAAGAAAAGCGGUAGAAAAUGAAUGAAUAAGAAUAACCAAAAAUAGGUCAUUUAAAAAAAAAAAAAAGAUUUUUAUCAACAUUUUUACAAGGCCCAAAAUUCCUGCCUGCACCCCUUUAUUGGCUAUAUGAUCUUUAUUUAGGCUUUUAAAUACCUUUUCAAUAGAGCAUAUUGUAUAUUACUUGUCAAACUAACAUGAUGAGAUGACUUCUUUUUUGUUUGGACAGCUAUAAUGAUGAUAAAAAAAAAUUAAGAGAUAAUAUAUAGCAACGUCCAUGGUUUUCUUGAUCAUAACUUAUAUAGUUAUUCGUGUGACAAUAUAAGUGAUUUAUCUAAGUGCAAGUGUUUUUGUUGUCCAAACAACUGUACGUCUAGUUGUACCAGGUAUUAGUUGUUUAUUCUACUUCUAGAAGUUAAUUGUUAGUUGUCACAGUACAGUGUUGAUCUGUUUACACAUACGACAGUUGGUUCUUUCAGGUUUGCCUUCUUGCUGAAGUGCUAACCAUUCUUCCACCAAGCAGUGAACCAUCUGGAUGACUUUUGCUUCAAAGACUUUUAUCAAUAGAAGGUAAGUAUAAUGAAUCCAACAAAGCAGUGCAGAACCUUCCCCCGACCUAAGUUUUUGUCCAGAUUCCUUCCUUCACUAAGCACCUUCUCUUCCUUGCUGCUCCAGUAACUUCUUGGCGAGCUCCUCUAAAAGGCUUUACGACUAAAUGGGAUUAGUGCGUUCAAAAAUCCACCAAGGAGCCAUCUGCCCACCUAGCUUGAGCCAGGAAGGUGUCUUCUCAGCAAGAUGCCACAAGAGAGACUCUGUCUUUGCAGGGAAAACAACAAGUACUUGUUCGGUUUAAGGGUUCCUCAUCGUUCUCCUGGUUGUGAACUAUGCAAACUUCAAAGGUGCCACUGCAACAUCUGAGAGGACGUUUGAGGAUAUAAACAAGGAUUUAAAAUGUUGUCGUGGAGAUGUCUUUUAUACUGUGUCUUAUUUAGCUUUGUAGUCCUGUUUUUGGACCUAAGGACAGAUGCAACACUAGAAGGAUCCUCAAUGGGUGCGUUAGAUCUGCCUUACAGUGGGGAAACAACGCCGUUCCAGCGGAAGGUUCGCAUAUCCGACGUCAAGGUGUCCCGAGGAAGCCGUGUGGCGCUGUCCCGACGCAAACGCAACAUCCUUUUCCCGAGUGGAGUCAAGCUGUGUGCACAGGAGACCGCCAAGCAGGCUGUCGCCAACCAUCUCAGCUUCUUCCAUCUUAGAGUGUGCCAGGAGACUGUGUGGGAGGCUUUCAAAAUCUUCUGGGACCGCCUCCCUGACCAAGAGGAGUAUCAGAGCUGGAUGAACCAAUGUCAGGAUGGGGAGGUCACAGCACAAGACAUUGGCACCUACUUCAGCCAAUCAGAGGAGCACCAUGCUGUGAUCAAAAAGAAAAUGUCAUUGCCAGGCUUGAAAAGCGAGCCCGCCAAGUCAGGACAGCAUGCAUGCAGCACUGCAGCUCCAGAUGUGACCAACCCUUCCACGGCUCCUACUAAAGAAGACAAAGUGGAGGAGGCAGCUGUUGUUAUUCCACAAGUGGAGCUGGACAACGACAUUCCUGUGGAGCCUCUGACGCCGGCCGUGUUGGAGCAGGUGGUUGAGCUGAGCAUUCUUCUGACAGGUGUCAUGUACGACCAUGACCUGGAUGACCCUGACUCGCUACACUACCAGACGCUCAGCAGGCAGCUGGCACAGAAGAUUGAGGAUGCGCUGGCGGGACUUCCUGGAUUUAAGAGCGUGUCUGUGAUGGACUUCAGGCCUCACAAGGAUGGACAAGGGUUGGACGCCAUCCUGGUGGACUAUGCGGUCACCCUGGUGGUGGACAGUGAGGGCGUGAGCGGCGAUCAGCUGGACUACCUUACCCUCCAGUCCAACCAGGUGGAGAGUUCAUACCGGGAGGUCAAAGAGCACCCGACGUUGGUGUACGCCAUCAGCGAACUGAAGACGUUUGUCACAGAGGACCUCCUGAAGGAUGCCUUGGAGAGCGUGUCUGAGGCCUCGGAGACUGUCCAUGCUGCAGGAGAAACCUUGGUCCAUGCUGAGAAUGAACAAGAGUCGGAACUCUCGACCUCAGAGGACGUCAUGGAAGACGCGAGGAGAGAUGAAUUCCUGCCCGAGGCGGCUGAAAGCGACAAGGUCGUGACGGCUGAAAGCGAUGUCGUCAUCCUAGAGGAGAAUGUUGAUAUAGCUCCACCUCCCGUCGCCACCACGUUGCCACCUGACACAGGCAGCAUAAAGGAGGAGGGUCUGCUGCUGGAGAACACGGUGCAGACCACAGCAGCAGACAAAGCUCCAGAAGAAGAUGACCAACAGCAGCAGCAGGAGGACGUCACCCUACCUGAGAGUGAAGAAGAAAGCGUCACAUUACCUGAACCCCCAGUAGCGGUGGAGGCCUCCGGUACAGAUGACCUGGACUUGCUGUGGUGGCCUGAUAACACGACUCCAGCACCGGCAGGCGCUGAAGAUGUUGUCAUCCUGGAAGAGGAGCACUUGGAUAGCGGGGUUGUCACCGAGGAGCUCCUAACAAGUGAAACUGCAGAUGAGGGCUUUGUUCCCGGCGCUGCAGAUACAGUGAGUGAGGCCGUUGAAGAAGGUGAAUCGAAGCAUCCUGAAGAAGAACCCGCUUCGGUGGAGGAACCCCCUGAAGCUUCGGAGAUCGGAACAGAUGAUCUUGUAGAUGAUGAUAUCUUACUGGUUAAUAAGGACAGAGCGGAUCCAACUGCCGUGUUUGCAGAGAUGGAAUUAGCUUUCACACUUGUACCUGACAUUAAAUCCGCCUCGGAGGAGCAAACUGACCUAGUAAUACCUUCAGUCGUGGAGAUCCAAACCACCAAUGAAGACGACUCCGCCCCCAUUGACAACCUCGGAUACGACGUGAUCCAUUACGGCUUGGUCAACCACACGGAAGAAGGCAGCACCGGGUUCCCAUUCAGCGUAUCGCAUGGCACAGACCCGGCCAGCAUUGCCAUGCCGGCAAACCCUGGCCGAGCGCUGAUGGUGUUUUUCAGCUUGAGGGUGACCAACAUGAUCUUCUCGGAGGAUCUCUUCAACAAGAGCUCGGCAGAAUACAAAGCGUUGGAGCAACGCUUUCUAGAACUGCUUGUUCCCUACCUCCAGUCCAACCUCAGUAACUUUGAGAAUCUCGAGAUCCUCAACUUCCGCAACGGGAGCAUUGUGGUCAACAGCCGGAUGAAAUUUGGCAAGCCAGUAGCUCAGGGCGUCACCUCCACGGUCUACCUGAUACUGGAAGACUUCUGCAACACGGCCUACCAGACCAUGAACCUGGCCAUCGAUAAGUACUCCCUGGAUGUCGAGUCAGGUGUCCAAGCAGACCCGUGCAAGUUCCAGGCAUGCAACGAGUAUGCUGAGUGUAAGGUGAACAAAUGGUCAGGGGAGGCGGAGUGCGUGUGUAACGCCGGCUACUUCAGUGUGGACGGCCUGCCCUGUCAGAGCAUCUGUGAGCUGCGCACCGACUUUUGUCUCAACGACGGCAAGUGUGACAUCAUCCCCGGCCAGGGAGCCAUCUGCAGGUGUCGCGUGGGAGAAAACUGGUGGUACCGUGGAGAGCAUUGUGAGGAAUAUGUAUCCGAGCCACUGGUGGUGGGCAUAGCGGUGGCUUCUGUGGCCGGCUUCCUCUUGGUGGCGUCUGCGGUCAUCUUUUUCCUUGCCAGGACGCUACGAGAUCAGUACGAUAAGGACGAGUCGGAGGACCCAAUACGGCGAGCAGAGAGCAUUCCGUCCCUAGAGAGGGCAACCAAGUACAACCCCAUGUAUGAGAGCGAGGCCACCACAGGCUACAGCCACUACUACCGCCGCUACCCUGAGGCUCCCAUCUACAGCAGCGCUAGUGCUGAGGCCUCCACUGACUUCAGCAGCGAGGAGAUCCGACACAUCUACGAGAACAGCGAACUGACCAAAGAGGAAAUCCAAGACAGGAUACGCAUCAUAGAGCUCUACGCCAAGGACCGCCAGUUUGCAGAUUUUGUGCGGCAGCAUCAGGCUGUCCUGGAUACAAGAAGAGAAAGUUCUUCUGCACAGACAUGAAACAGGACAACACCUCAGUAUUCCAAAGGCCUGCACAAUAAAAACAUUGACUGUCCUCCAAGACGCUACAAUGUCACCUUUUUUAAGUUUUCCAUGAUCUUCAUCCUGUUCUGACGUGAGCAGGCGGCGGCUGCAGACUGUCCCUCCUCCUCUUCCUUCCUUCCUCUGUGCCUUCUGCUGGACGUGUCCCUUCUGUGGAAAAAAACAAAAACAUUUACUUUAACUUGAAAUAUUGUCAAAGGGACAAUCAUACUGUCUGUCCAUUACUGAGAACUAUCGCUUAUGUACAUUCAGCAUAGCGUAGUAUUCUAUAUAGUGAGUGACAUGCUAGUAGUGGAUGGUGCUAUGUUUUGUUGAUGUCUAAAAUAUUGGAAUCCACCAUAAAAGUCGCACAUUCGGACAAGCGCUAUGCCAAAUGUUCUUGUCUUGACGUCCCAAGGCUCCACCAAUCAGACACUUGUUGACAUGGUACUUGGACGUAGCCACGCGAGAGAGCGGAUGAAGCAGCAGAGGGCAAGAACUUGCUUUAGCAUCCAGAAGUAAGUGAAAACACAUUGCUUAUUACUUAGCGCCUUUCACAAGUCAUUGGUAGAAAAGACGCAAAAAUGCACAAGGACACUUGAAGGUUAGCAGCGUGUCCUUCCCAGUGUGACUACCAGUUUGGCCCAGACGCUGUGUGUGUGUGUUCGCUUUGGUUCUUGCGUACAUUCCACCAUUUGGACACGUUACACUCCAUCAUUGUUGUAGUGUCUUCAGCUUCCAUUAGAACACCACACAUACACACAUGUACACACACACACACUCAUAUAUACACACACACACACACACACACACACAUACACAGUACAAGGCUUCUGCAGUUUUAACACAGUGGAACCUCUUCAGUCCAAUGGCACUUGUGUCCUAUGAGUUUCGAAAUAAGCCCAAAAAAACCUUGAAUUUAGCUUUUUCUUUGGCUUUUUCAUAACACUUGUUCCAAUUGACAGAACAAUUAACAGGGGUUAACUUUUUUUUUUUUACAUUUGUCACAGUUAAGAAUCCUACAACACACAAAGGUUUUUAAAGCGACAACCUAUAACGACAAGGUGUACAAUGAUUACACAAUAUUCUUGUUUUAUCAAUGUUGCGUCAACUAUUAAUAAUCUGGUUAACUUCUUUUUACACUUGUGUGACAAAUGAGAUGUGCUCAAUGUGUGAUGGUGAGCACUUUUUUUGUCUAUGAGAUAAUAUGCUAAUAAUAAAGAAAAAUGGUAAUGGUAAAAAAAUCUGCUUGCUGACUGUGUUGUUUUAAAUAAUGGUUCCAAAAUUGAUAUCCUUUUACAUGCAAUUUGAUGUAAUAUCAUUGCAGUUGCACAUCCCAUCAUUUACCACUUUUAUCUUCGAUUAAGUGUGAUUAAUUGAGUUAACUGUGGACAAAUGCGAUUAAUCGCAAUAAAAUAUUUUAAUCAGUUAA